GGCAGCUACAAUGGGAGUCCCGCGGUCUUUUCGGCGGUCUUAAAAAGAAGGCACACAACACUCCUCAGAUGUAUUUCCUUUAUUGCACAUCGUGAGGAAUUCCUUAGGGCACCUGAAGCAGUGCUUUGCCACACCAAGCUUUUGAGAGGGAGGACCUGUGAUGCUCUAUUUUCUCUUCUUGGUCCCCAGAGAUGUUUAAGCACCACAUUCAAGGCCUCGGAUCUCCAGAUCGAAUUGAACAAGCAUCCAAAGUCCAAACCGGACCUCAAGGACCUGGUCUUUGGGAAAUAUUUCACCGACCACAUGCUCACCGUAGAAUGGAGUCGGGAUAAAGGCUGGGGGAAACCACACAUCAAACCCUUCCAGAAUCUCUCACUGCACCCAGCCUCUUCUGCCCUGCACUACUCCGUGGAGGUCUUUGAGGGUAUGAAGGCUUUCCGAGGCCCAGAUAAGCGCAUCCAGCUUUUUCGUCCCAUGCUGAACAUGAGCCGCAUGUUGCAUUCCGCACUCCGUUUUUGCCUGCCACCCUUUGAAGGGUCCGAGUUACUUGAAUGCAUCCGGCAGCUGAUCCGCCUGGACCAAGACUGGGUCCCCCACUCCGACUCUGCCAGCCUCUACAUCCGCCCCACCUUCGUCGGCACCGAGCCCUCCUUGGGGGUCGCCAUGUCCAACUAUGCGUUGCUCUAUGUGAUCCUGGGUCCUGUGGGUGCCUAUUUCACCACUGGCAGUUUCAACCCUGUUUCUCUUCUGGCUGAUCCUCGCUUUGUCCGUGCCUGGAAAGGGGGCAUGGGCGACUACAAAGCGGGCGGCAACUAUGGACCCACCAUUUACGUGCAGAAUGAAGCCUCCAAAGAAGGCUGCCAGCAGGUGCUGUGGCUCUAUGGGGACGACCACCAGGUCACUGAAGUUGGGACUAUGAACAUCUUCAUGGUUUGGAAGGACCAGCAGGGAGAUCUGGAGCUGGUCACCCCUCCCCUGAAUGGAAUCAUCUUGCCUGGCGUGAUCCGGCAAAGUCUUCUAGAUCUGGCACGCAAAUGGGGGGAAUUCAAAGUUUCUGAGAAGGUUAUCACGAUGGCCGAGCUGAUCAAAGGCCUGGAAGAGAACAGGGUCAAGGAAGUCUUUGGCUCAGGCACCGCUUGUGUUGUUUGUCCCGUGAACAGAAUCCUCUACCAGGGCAAGAAUUACCAUAUCCCCACUAUGGAAAAUGGACCAGAGAUUGCAAAACGGUUUCUGAAGAACCUGACAGAUAUUCAGUACGGACAUGUUUCCAGUGACUGGGCCCUGCCCGUCUGAUGCAGGCUGUGCAGUCUCCACCAGAUUCUUCCUCUACUGCUCCUCGUCCAGCCCCCACUCCCUCCCUCUCUCUCUCCCCCCCUCCCUCUCUUGCAUUUAUGAGAUGGUUCUAUAGCUUUGAGAGUCCUCCCUUUUUACUCCAUCAGAGCUUGGACUGGUCAAUCGCUUUUGGAGAAUGAUGGUCUGCCCGUUGCAAAUGCAGGUCAUUUGUGGCUGCCAAACACUCUGCGCUGGAAAGAACCAGAGCUCAGGAGAGCUCCAGAUUGGCUUCAGCGGGAUGGAAAGCAAUCUCUGGACUGAAACGGUCUCCUUCCUCCUCUUCUCUCUCGGCUCCAAAAUUCCGCUGCUUCCUGCUUUCAAAGUGCAAUAUUGAGGGAGAGAAAGAGAGAGAAAAACCGGUGUGUCUUCAAAUUGGUUAAAAUCCAUGCGCACGCACACAUGCACUCCCCCCUUUUGUUAAGUAGUUGCACAUCAGGACUGCUACGGAGGAAGAGACAAAGUUAGUUGUUUAUUUUUUAAAAAAGUAGUAGUUUGUAUUCAUGCAGAAGGACAGACAUUUUAAAUCUAAACAAAACUUCUCUUUCAAACAUCAGUUUUGGUACCCUAACAAUUGGUGCUAAAAUGUUGACUUUGGCUUCCUCAAUGGCAGAUUUCCAGACCUUUCAAAUUUACUGCUUAAAAAUUCUGCUGCCUCACUUACAUAUUUCAAAUCUGUAUUGGACCAGGUUUAACUAAGAAGCUUCAUCUGUGCUGGAGAUUCCGAACUUUUCUUCUUGUUUGGAACAGGAGGCAGUUUUUACAUUAAAAACUAUUUAAAAUUAAAACCAUCUCCUGGAGAAGCUUGCAGGUGCCGUAUGGGAGAGUUCCAAGGAGAGCUGAGUGUCUGCCACAUGGGGAGGAGAGGGGGAACCUGUGGCCCUCCAGAUGUUGUUGGACUCCACCUCCCAUCAGCCCCCGCCAGCAGGGUCCCAGCAGCAUCUGAAGGGCCAAAGGUUCCCCAUCCUUGUUCUAAAGGAUGCUGUGGUCUGACAGGAAAAAAAAACAGAACUGGAACCCCAUAGUGGCGGUUCACAUAUCCCAUAAUAAUUAAUACUAAAGCCAGGGGGCCAAAUGUGGUCCUCCAAGCCUCUGGUCCUCUGGACUCUCACCAGGCCAUGCCUCUCCUGGCCCUGCUUUGCACCUUCCUUGAAAGUUUUUGCCUAGCUGAAAUGUGUCUUUGAAUUCUGAGAAUACAUCUUGGAUGCCUGGAUGGAAGAUAGAGAGAUGUGAGUGGGUGCAGAAACUAGCUUACUCUACAGAGGUAACAUUUGAUGGGAGUUGUAGUUCAAAAAAGUAACUUUUCCAAGCUCUGCAUUUAUGUCCACUGCUCCUGCCCCCUUUUGCCAACACUGGCAUCUGGCCCCUGAAAACUUCUCCAGAAGAGAAUGCAGCCCUUGGGCCAAAAAAGUUCACCCACCCCUGACCUAAGCAGGGCACUCUAGAUGGUUUUUCAUUAGGAUGAUGUUGCUUCCCGUCUGGUACUAUAGGCCAGCAAUGACUUGAUGAAUACACAUUGAAAGCCUCUUUUCAGUGGGACUAAUUUUAUAGUUCAGGGUUCUCUUUAACAGUGGAUAGGAGCUGGAGGUUAAAAGCCUGGUAGACAUUCAUGUAUGGCCAGGAUGGGGAGUAUUCUAUAUCCCAGAGUAGGGAACCUGCAGCCCUCUGCAUAUUGCUGGAUUACAAUUCCCAUCAUCCCUGACUAUUGGUCAAGCUGGCCGGCUCAUGGGAGUUGGAGCCCGACAUCAACAAGUACAACUCUUCCCCCCUCACCCCAAAAGUUAGAAAAAACUUCAAGGAGAAAACAGCCUGCUGAGAACUGAGCGUGCUCAAUGGGCACAGAAUACGGGUUGAUUAUUGAAGGUGGGUGAAGAACAGAAAUGGAAUGGAAAAUCUUGGAAGAGGGUAUGGCUAUCUGUGUGGAACCCUGAUCAGAAUCACUCUACCCUGCAACAUUUUGUUACAAAUGCCCCAUGUUAUUUCAAAAAGCUGCCUAGGAAGACAACAACUAUUGGCUCCCUCUUGUGUCAACUAGAGGUAUGUUGUGAUCUGGCUCUAGUUGCCUAAAAAAAUAUUUGUGCAUGAUGGAUUGCACCCAAAUGGAGAUGUGUAGCUCAUACUGAAAGCGGUGAAGUGUUAGUUGCCAAAUUCUGUACUUGGAUACUUGUUGGAUUUAUGCUAACAAGAAAGGAGACGUGAAUGUACACAGGUUUUGUUCACUGGAUCGAGGCAACGCCAUUUUUGUUUCACCAAUUGCCAAGAAAUGUAACUUCUAUUAGUUCCAAUAGAACUAAUUUCCCCACAAUAAUGCUGGGAAAAACAGAAGGGAGUAGAAAAAGAGGAAGGCCAAACAAGAGAUGGAUUGAUUCCAUAAAGGAAGCCACAGACCUGAACUUACAAGAUCUGAACAGGGUAGUUCAUGACAGAUGCUCUUGGAGGUCGCUGAUUCAUAGGGUCGCCAUAAGUCGUAGUUGACUUGGAGGCACAUAACAACAUUAGUUCCAAUAAACCCUGUAAAUAAUUGGUUGCUAAUGUUAGCAAUGCAAACUUUUGAAAAAGAGAGAGAUGCCAAGAAUGGACGUAUCUGGAGUUUGUUGAUAAUAGGCACUGUGUGUGUUUGUUUUCCCAAGAAAAGCUGCCCUUUUGGACUUGUCUUGUGAAAAAAUUGGGAAAGUGGCUCACAUCAGAAUACUUUCAGAAGCUUGCUGAAAUGAACAGGAUUUCAAAAACGACAGAGGAGGAAUGGGUGAAGGAUUAAAAAAAAUGCUUAAAAAUAGUAUCUGACCAGCAAUGUGUGAUUCUUGGGUUGCACAGGACACUUCAUCAAGGCAGGAUAAGAUGAAACAGUAAGAAAAGGAGGAGCUGCAGGAAGCUGUCUUUUAUACCAGGACGGACUAUUGGUCUAUUUAACCAAGUGUUAUCUGUGCUGAUUGGCAGCAAGGUCUCUAGCCAAGUGGGCUCUUCUCCUUGCUGCUUGCUACCUGCCCUGUUUGAAAAGUGGAGAUAGCAGGGAUUGAUUCUGGGACCUUCUGUGUGCAAGGCAUGCACUCUGCUGUUGAGCUGCAGCCCUCCUGCUGUAUGUCCCCCACUGUGUCUCUGCAUCAAGUUAUUGAUCUGGGUGUUCCUUCUCUGACUGACAGAAGGCAAGCUCUGAGCUGCAGGGGCUGUUGGCAGAGAGGCCUGGAAAGAAUCUUCUGACUGGUGUUUCUCUGUCACUGUAGUGUCUUCAUGAUCCAAGCAUACACCAUAGACAUAAAAGAGGUAGACUCACUGACAGUGUUCAGCUUCACCUUGGAAGCCAUUUUUUUUUGUCUCUCCUGGGCCAGAAGUGACAGCUGCCUUCUAAAAAGGUAAUAUUAAAAGAAGCGACAGCUACCCAUAAAAAACAAUACAGAAGUUCAGGAUUUUAGCAAUGCUCUGAAUGGGCAGCAACAUUGGAUGUCAAAGUCAGGAGGAGAAGGAGGGCCAUAGCUGAGUGAGAGAGCACACAUUUUGCAUGCCAAAAGUCGUAUUUGCAUAUGCUCAUUUACAGGUGCAAAUUUAGAAAUCAUUGCUGCAAUUUCGAUAUAAUUACAGUGCAUCUCACCAUAGUGGAGAAGACUGUGGCCUAGGUGUCUGCUCAGUCAGCUGUCCAGGCUCCGCUAACUGUUGAUGAGCAACUUCCACUCCUGCUCUCCUCUGCUCUUAUGACUCUUUAUCUUUACACUGGACUUGAACCAAAAAGUUCUUCAAACAGAGGACUCUGUAAACUAGGCCACAUGGCCACCCUUUUUUAAAGACCUCUUAGGGGAGUGUACCUGUGAGGGUUGUAAGGAGGAAGGGAUUUCCGCCCCAUCCUGUGUUCAUUGCAAUCAUCACCAUUUCUCUUCUGCUGCGGUUCGGCUUCUGAAAAAAGAUUUUGUUAUUUGUCUCGCUAUCAGCUAUGGCCAAAACAGGCACAAUCAAUUAUGUGAUUGAUUUCAGUGCCACAGAAAGGUUAAAAACAACGGAGAAAAUGUAAUUAGUUAUGUAACAUUCAAAGCCUAAAACCCCCAAAGAUGGGGAAUCCGGCACAUAUUCAUUUGUGUGUUUUCCUGACCUUGAACCGACAUGCGCAUUGUAGCAAUUUCCUCACCCAUUUCCAACGGAGUUCUUUGGCAUCCCUGGUACGUGUGCACAAGUGAUGGUAACGAAGCACAAGUGAUGGAAGCCCAGAGAAAAAGAGCCUCUGGCGGAGCUUCAUACCACAUUGGGGGACUCUCUUGGGCUUACCAGAGUGGGGUUGCAGCAACAGCAGCAGCAUAUCACCACUGACAGACACCACCUCUGAAGUUCAUUUGGUUUGUAUUCAAAGCGCUUGCAAACAGACUCCAAAGGUAUGUGCCUUUCAAGUUGUCUGUUGAUGUCAGAUGACUGACAUGGGUGGCCCUACUCACCGGUCAAAGUUGGCCAGUGGAAGAAGGUGGGGGAAAGGAAGGAUCCCUCCCGCUGGCCAUAUCCAGUUCCCCAUCCUUGCUCCAGAGCAUUAUGGGAAACUAAAAUGGAAGCUUACUGAAAGAGGCUGACUAGGUGUGGGGUGGGGGCUAUGACAGGCCUCUGUAUUGUCAGGCCUGGCCAGGAUGGGGCCUCACCUUCUGCCCUGGGAUCCAGAUGCUGACACUGAGCCUGUUUAAAAUGUAUUUAUUUUACUUGAUAGUUUAUUAAAUUAGUAUCCUGCCCUUCCUCCCAGAAGGAGUCCAGGGCGGCAAACAAGUGAUAAAAUACUAAAACAUCUUAAAAUAUAUCUUGCCUUUCCUCCAAAAUGGCACACAGGUUGGGAGUGGGAUGCCAGCGGCCACCAUGACUGGCAGGAAAAAGUGGGGUAACCAGGAGGCAACAGGAGAAAUUAGCCUUUGAGAGCCAGCUAAAAUGGCUGGUGCGCUGCCCAUUGAUUAACAAGGUGCCAGGAUUUUUUAUUAUUUUUUGGUGUGUGUGUGUGUGUGCAUGUGCCUUGUGCCAACAGAAGCAAGUUUUUCAUGACCCCAUUUAAGGACAGCAACCAGGAUCUUCAACAGUGAUGAGGCUGCAAGGCCAGAGGUGAGGGAAAUGUAACCAAACCGGUCUAACGCCAAGUGGUCUUAGGCCCAGCACUACAAUCAGGCAGAGGGAUGGGAGCCACCUCCAGAUUAUGGAGCACCAGGAAAAAGCAACCAAUGACGACUUAUUUAAUGUAUUACGAUGUUCUCACUGAGGGGAUUUGCAUUUUCUUCCUCAGGCCUCCAAAUGUCUACAGCAGCCCUACAGCCAUUUAUAAAAGGGCCCAUUCCUGUAAUAAUAAGACUCAUCACUGAGUUGAGGAAAGGAAAAGUGUUUGUUUACAUAACUAUAUUGAUGCCUGACAAUCUCUCGCUGGAUCGUCACCUUGUAGUGGUGAGUGGGCUUGUGUGUUCCAAUGAACCCUGUGAGCGAUGCCGUCGGGAGUCAUGUACUCCCAGCAGGGUCACCCAUGGUGGUAAGGUCAAGGGAGAGGAACCAGACAAAGAACGAUCCAAGAAAGUCCUCAAUGGCAGAACAGGCAAAGGAUAACAAAGUGUAUAACGGCUGUGAAGGCAGAUUAAGGUCGCAGCAGAUAAAGGACUUCCAAUCGUCAUGGUACCCAUGCCAUUGGAUCAAAGCCUUUUUCGGUCAAGAUUGUGUGUUGAUCAUGGUGCACCGAUCUCCCCACAUAAAACAAAUUCACACACAGGCAUCUUCCAUAACAAAAGUCCCAUGGCGAUUGGCAAAUGGCGACGGGGGCAGGACUGUGAAAUCCAGAAGCCCCUGGUCAUGGUCUGGUACAUUGGCGGUGGAUACAGAUUCAGACGGAUCCAUUGUUAAAGACUAUAUUUUGGAAGAUUAUCUUACUCGGUCACGAGUGAUCGCCAAGAAGAAGAAGACUGGGCAGUGUUAUUUUUUUAUGACGGGGUCUGUGAGUCUGCUGCUGCAAUGUUAAGUCACUAAAUGGGUUUAUUGCUUCAAAA